CCUGUACAUUCCCGCACAUAAAGUUUCUGUUGCAACUUGUACACCACAUUGCUAUCAAUUUUGAUGGAGUAAGAAAACGAAAACCAUAUUUUCCAUGGUUCGUAUUUGAUUGGUAGUGUGUGUUUUAUAUCUUACGACAAACACAAGUAAGAUUUGCAACAAUUAUCUAAGAUAGCAGUUUCUUUAUCUCUAGCACCUUUGCUAUAUACUGAUAAUGUGUUUUCCAGUCUAUCUAAUCGAGCCACCUCCCUAAUACUAAGCAACACAUAACGGAAUCAUCGCUACUUCGACAUGUUAGCCGUAGCAUUAUCAAUAUUGCCGCCGAACUCUUAUCAGCAUCCAGAGGGGUUUUUGGCUAUUACAAAGAUUUUGGUCGCAGUACUUGAAUUAUACAACGAGAAGAAACGAUGAACCAGCAGGUAUGAUAUCAUUUCGUAUAUAGUGGCAGCUGUGAGUUACAAAAAGCUAGGGUUCCUCGAACGUACUUGCCAUCGUCAUCCAAUCAGUUACGUCCAAGUUACCCCAGAUAGCAGUAGUGCGAAGCCAGCUCUAUUGAAAGACAAGGAAAACAUGGCUGAAACCCAUAAAAUAUAUUUCCCAAAAUGCUUUUCUGGUGCGCUGAAACAAGUCGCUCAGGAACAAGGAUUUACCGAUGGAUUAUACCGCUUCGAAAGUGAAUCCGGAUGUAACGUGGGUGAUGGUUUUGCUGGUGAUUUAGUAAAGGUGUACAUUCGUGAGGCAAACCGUGAGUUAGUAGUGCUGUGUAAACUAUUGCCAGAGAAUGAACUGCGUAAGCAACAGGGCCUACCGUUAUUCUAUCGAGAAUCCGAAGCGUACAUGAUAAUCCUGCCGUUGUUACUCAAGUUCCAACGUGAAAAAGCUCUCCCCGAGGGACUGCCGAGGUUUAACAAUGUGCCACGGUGUUACUACGCGAAGACUGCACUUGACAAGAUGGAGUCGGUGAUCAUACUAGAAGAUCUACGAUUGCAAGCAUUCCGUAUGUGGGACAAAGCGAAUCCCGUCAAUUUCGAACACGCCCGAUUACUUAUGAUCAUUCUAGGACGCCUUCAUGCACUCUCUUUUGCCAUGAAAGAUCAGCAACCGGAAGAGUUUGCGAAAUGUCGUGAGUUUACUGAUCCAAUGACUAAAAUGCUUGCCCUUGAUCCUAAGAACACAUUUGAGAAGAUGACGGCUAGUACGUGUCGUAGAGCAAUCGGUACACUCGAAAUGCACGAAACUUUCCAACGGGAAAAACUCGAACAGAUACAGGAUCGCUGUGUUCCUGAAAUAGUCGCAUGCGUGGAUGCAAAAGCUGCUGAGCCUUACGCUGUUAUAGGCCACGGAGACUGUUGGUCCAAUAAUAUGAUGUUCCAAUAUCACGAAGAUAAUCAAACACCGAAGACCAUCAAGUUGAUCGACUGGCAGCUGUCUCGCUACGGCUCGCCUGUGCUGGACUUAGUCUACUUCAUAUUCAACUGCACCGACGAGGAACUGCGUUCUCAUAGCUAUCAACAACUAUUGAGAAUCUACUACAACAGUCUUAGUGAGCAUCUACAUAACCUGGGAGGAAAUGUCGAGCGUCAGUUUCCACGCAGUGCCUUCCGUGACCAGCUAAAACAAUUUGGUCGGUAUGGUUUUCUGAUAUCCAUGAUGAUAAUGCCGAUUAUUUGCACUCCAAAUGACGAGCUGCCCGAUACGGAUGCGGCAAUGGAAGGAAUUAUGGAAGAAAAUCCCAAGGGGAACAAUGAGAUCAACUUUGUAUACGGCACUACGGAAAAAGCGGCAAUCCGGUACCGAGCGCGCAUGUCCGGCUGUAUCCGUGAUACUAUACGUUUGGGAUACCUUUGAACUGCUGAUAUGUUCAA